CGCUUUGCUCUAUCAGAGCGCGAGUAGCGGCUUCAACAAGCCAAAACCACAGUCAACACAUUAAAGCAAGUGAUGGUGGGAAAACGCAGCCCGAGUCAGUGAGUGAACAAACAGCGCUGCUCGCUCUGAAUCUCUCCGGCUGAAAACUCCAGGAGCUGAAGGCGCCGGAGCGAUGAACUGGGCUGCUUGUAGUCGGGCGUCCGGCUGAUACGCAGAUAUGACUCUUCUCGGUUAAAGCCAAGACAAUGCUGAACAUAUGCUCGGACUUCCCGGGAUCACGGUAACCGAAGAAGACAGAAGCAUCACCCUGCAGUUCUGCAAAUGGAUGACAGAGGGCGCCUCCCUCCAGGUGGGGGUGGUGAGCCCAAACUCCCCGCCUCAACUAUCCAACUGGAACACGACCAUGAGGUCAGGCAGGUCCGGAGGGAACCAGGUGACCCGGUGACUUCCACGCAUGUCCGAAAGGAAGAUAUCUCGGAUGUGCCGCGCAAGGUGCCUCGCUUCCAAUAUGUGGACUUCCCCUCGCUGCACCAGUGCAUCAAGCAGCUAUCUGUGCCACCCCUGGAGGGCUGGCUGACCUCAUGCCCUCUGGGGAGAGUGCCAUCCUGUCAGCCCAGCAGCCCCAAGGAGAAGGUGCCCAAGUUUAAGUACGUUGACUACCCUUCACUGUACCAUUGCAUUCAGCAGCUGUCCGUACCUCCAUUGGAGAUCUGGAGCUCGGGCUUGACAAGGCCUGGCUCCGGGGAGUCGCAGGGGGGUAUGGCAGGGCAGAACCCCUCUCAGAUGCCUGGACACAGCAGUGAGAACCACCAAGAGGAGAGGGGGAAUGGAACAAAGCAGCAAAGCAAGAAGUCCAACAGUCCCAGUCCCAGAGUCCCAAACCCAGAACUAGCAGCCUCGCAGCACCCAAGACACAUGUUGCCAGGUCUAUCUUCAGAGACAGGAAAGAACCGUCAUACAGAUCUAGGGGACCUGUCCCAGAAACCCUCUGGUUCUAGGUCUGAGUCAAGUUCUAGAUUAGAAGCAGACAGAGUGGCAACAAGGAACGAGAGGGAUGUCAGGCCAUCUGUUAUCAGUAUGGUACGCACUGAACGCCAGAAACGGCAUCUAGAACCAGUGGGAUGGUUAAAGCGGGAAAAAUGUCUGGAUUCUGUAGAGCAGGUAGAGCAGAAAUCGGUUCCAGAGUCAGUCUGUCCUUUCUGCCAGCAAAUGUUCACAGAUCCUGAGGAGCUUCGGACUCACCAGCGCAGCCACAAAGACAAGGUGAACACAUCUGGUUAAGAUCUCCAACAUACUGUAUGUAAUCGUGUUACCACUGGAGUUUGCUGUAGUUUACUGUAUAUGACAUGCUGCAGACACUUACUGGGGGAAAGAACUGCUGAAAUUUAAUCUAAUGCAGUCCUGUUUGACAUUCACAGAGACCACACUGAUGGCUUGACUCAGAAACUCAUCGAAGAUAUCAUUGGUCACCUGUUCAGUGACAGUCUGGCCUUGACCUAUCAGCUUAUUCCACAUCUACAGGAAGCUCCUGACUGACAAGGCCUUCUCUGCUAAGAUUGGUCAUUCUGUCCGUUACAGUGUUAGCACUGGGGAGACCAAAAAUUGAAGACAUACUAAACAUACAAUAACCUGUAGAUCCUUGGGAAAACAUAAACUCCAGUUAACAUGAACGUGAAAUGUUAACAGGCCUAAUAACUGGUUGCGAGAAAAUGGACAGACAAGAGGACACACACUCAUACAUACAAGCCCCAUGCAAAGGGAAUAUUUGCUGUCCUUUAUGACCAGUUGACGUAACACUGUUGGCCUGUGGGCUUAAGUAGUGUAAAUGAACUCUGGGGGGAGGAUAUUUGGUGAAACUAGCUUUAAGACCUGACAAAGAUGCCAGGGUUUCCCAUUUAUGGGCUUUGCAGUAAAAGAUACCUUACUGUCUAGCAAACAUUCAUGAAACUCAGAGUCCGGUGCCUCAACAGUGCUGCAGGCACAAUAAUCGUCCUAAAAUAGUAGAGGUUCUCAGCCCAGCCCAUGAGGCCCCAUGAGGCCAGCAGCACUUGCUUACCUGGUUCAGAUGUGUUGGGAAUUCCAGAACUGGAGUUGGGAACCUUGUGAUAGCAGGACUUUCUCUCUGUGAGUUAAGAUGAUCCUACCUUUGGGAAACCAGGCCCAGAACAGGACACAGAGGCAUUUGUGCUGGGGACACUGGGGUUUAUAAGUGUAGUAUCUCGGGUUGACUAUCUAGCUUCGGGUGCCUAUCAAAAAGUGGCUAUGGCAUAUGCUGCAACAAAAAUAGGCUUGUCGUUUGUUACCUGAUCUUUUUAAUCUUUGUAUUUCUGAUGUCUUUUUUUAAAGUGAUUAAUGUAUGGUUGCUUAGAAUUGAUAGAUUUAACUUAAGACUUAUUAAACUGGUUUUCAAAAUGUUUUCUUGUUUGUGUGCAUUAAAGGUUUUUUUGUACAGAGA